CCUGUCCUAUUGGUCUUGGUCUGGAUGGGCGUGCCCUGCCACCGGCACAAGGCUACCCCGUUACAAGAUGUGAGUGACGGUGACAGCGGCUUAUAGAGUUCCUACAGGGAAGUGACAGCCGAAGCCCCCGGAUACAGGACUUUUAAAGGGAUAUUGCGGGGCGGCAGGGGACGGGCAAGACAGGGUUCUAGCCGUUCCAGAAUGGAAGCAACCUGUGUAGUCGUUUAACUCUACAGGUGCCUGUUGAUUCUAUCCCAUCCCAUUGCUCCCCCGGAAGUGUGACAGAGCUUCCUAUACACGUGCUAUAGGCAUCAGUGUUGUAUAUAAAUACAUAUAUGUGCAGACUAGUGGUUAUGGUGUAUUUCAUUCUCAAAGUAUCUGAAUCAAGGGCAAGUUAAGUCAUUUCUCUGUAACUCCCCACUAGGCUACAGAGUAUUAACAGCAAACAGGGCAGUUAUACAGGAUGUGUAUUGUUAUAUAUAAAGCUAAUUGUCUAGUGUGAUUCUGGUAUUUGGGAUAGGACAGGUUAUUGUAUAGAUAUAAAUACACUUUGGUGACCAGACAUAUAGUGCCCAAUCAUGAUUCAGGUUUGCCCGUCCCCUGUCACCCGCUCGGCUGUGUUAAAACGAGUGGCGGCGCUGGCCUUGGUGGCCUACGGGGCCCGGAGAAUUUGCCCAGCACUGAGACGCCUUUGCCUUCAGCUACAAAACGACCCCAAGGCUAACGGGCUACCCAGAAGUGCUGAGGAAUCGUUGUCAUCUUCUCCGAAUUCAUACGAGAGAACUGGGGUAAACAGAGUCUUUUUCCGCAGGUUGGCCCGUCUCUUGCGUCUGCUGUUCCCUAAGCUGGCGAGUAAAGAGUUUGGGCUGUUAUUGUUGCAUUCAGCUGCCCUCAUCUCUAGGACGUUUCUUUCAGUGUAUGUGGCCCAACUAGACGGGCGGUUGACCAGGGCUAUAGUUAAUAAACGGCCAGCCAGUUUUGUGUGGCAGCUCCUCAAGUGGCUCCUUAUUGCGCUUCCAGCAACCUUUGUCAACAGCGCCAUCCGCUACCUUGAGGGCCAGCUGAGCUUGGCUUUCCGAACCCGAUUGGUUGCCCAUGCCUAUCGAUUAUAUUUUGGCCAUCAAACCUAUUACAGAGUCAGUAACAUGGAUGGACGACUGCGCAACCCUGACCAGUCACUGACUGAGGACGUAGUGGCCUUUGCCAACUCGGUGGCUCAUUUGUACUCUAACUUGACCAAGCCUGUCCUGGAUGUUGUGGUGACCACAUACACGUUGAUCAGUACGGCCAAGUCAAAGGGGGCUAACACAGCCUGGCCAUCUACUAUAGCUGGACUUGUGGUGGUCCUCACAGCGAAGGUGCUCAAAAGCUGUUCCCCGAAGUUCGGCAAACUGGUAGCUGAGGAGGCCCGUCGGAAAGGAGAGCUUCGAUACAUGCAUUCAAGGGUUGUCGCCAAUUCAGAAGAGAUCGCUUUUUAUGGGGGUCACAAGGUGGAGAUGUCCCUCCUAAGAAAGUGCUAUGAAGAUCUAUCCUCGCAGAUUAACAUUAUCCUCCUGGAGAGGCUUUGGUAUGUGAUGUUGGAGCAGUUCCUAAUGAAGUACGUGUGGAGCGCAUCGGGUUUGGUUAUGGUCGCUGUGCCCAUAAUUACGGCUACAGGCUAUGCUGAAACUGAUUCAGAGGAAGUGAAAAAAGCUGCAAUGGAGAUGAAAGAAGAGGAGCUGGUGAGCGAGAGAGCCGAAGCCUUUACCACAGCUAGAAACCUGCUGACGGCAUCUGCUGAUGCCAUAGAGAGAGUCAUGUCAUCCUACAAAGAGGUGACGGAGCUGGCUGGCUACACGGCGAGGGUUCAUGACAUGUUUGAGGUAUUUGAAGAUGUGCAGAAAGGCAUCUACAAACGGCCUGGAGAGCUGGAAGAAGCUGAGUCCAAGAACAGGGGCAUUAUUCAACAUGGAAUUCGUAUGGAAGGGCCACUUGAGAUAAAAGGGAAAGUAGUGGACGUGGAGAAUGGGAUUGUAUGUGAGAAUAUCCCAAUUGUCACUCCUACAGGAGAUGUGGUUGUGGAGCGCCUAAAUAUUCGGGUAGAGGAAGGAAUGCAUCUUCUGAUCACUGGACCCAACGGCUGUGGGAAAAGCUCUCUGUUUAGGAUUCUUGGUGGUCUCUGGCCUGCGUACAAAGGUGUCUUGUAUAAACCCCCUCCACAACAUAUGUUCUACAUCCCACAAAGGCCGUAUAUGUCAGUGGGAACAUUGCGGGAUCAGGUUAUUUACCCAGACACAGCCGAGGACAUGAGGCAGAAAGGCUUCACUGACAAGACCCUGGAGGCCAUUCUUAACAUAGUGAAUCUGAUUUAUUUGGUGCAAAGAGAAGGAGGCUGGGACUCCGUGAGCGACUGGAAGGAUGUGCUCUCCGGCGGGGAGAAGCAGAGAGUCGGCAUGGCUCGGAUGUUUUACCACAAGCCCAAAUAUGCCCUCCUGGAUGAGUGCACAAGUGCGGUGAGCAUAGACGUAGAAGGCAAGAUCUUCCAGGCUGCAAAGGAUGCUGGAAUAGCUCUGCUGUCAAUCACUCACAGGCCUUCCCUUUGGAAGUACCACACUCAUCUGCUGCAGUUCGACGGGGAAGGAGGCUGGAAGUUCGAGAAGCUGGACACGGCAGCCCGUCUUUCGCUCACAGAGGAGAAGCAGCGGCUGGAACAGCAGCUGGCGGGAGUUCCCAAAAUGCAGCAUCGACUGAGUGAACUCUGCCACCUUCUGGGGGAGGAUUCUGAAGUAGCCGACAAAGAAGAGAAUGUCGAUUCCGAACAGGAUGAGUAAGGACACUGCUCACUUACACAGUUAGUGGGUUACACCAACAAUGCUUACGGUUGACCCAUCUAUUCAGUGGGUACAUCCGAUAAACCCAUUACUGUAGUGAGGUCAUACCUGCAAGAAGGAGCUCAGUGUAUAUUGCUGACUCCAUAAUAGUGCCACUGUGUUGCGGGCUCCUAUAGAAGUAAAUUCAUGCACUUUUUGCCCAGUGUGACUUCUGGUGACUGAAUAUGUUUUCUGUUGCUGGGUCGGCUCUACGUAGGCAGCCGUUUCCCUGUGAUUGUGGCGUGCCUUAGGUAUUAACCCAGCUAAUGUCAAAGGACAGCUCUUGCUAUUCCCACAGGUCCCAUACAGCCCCUUUACUGCAGGAAAAGGAUAUCAACCCUCUCACUAUCAAGGCCAGCUUCCCUUCCAUGAAGCUCUUUUUGUUUUGUUACCUGGCUAUAUCCAUCUACGGCCACUGAUUGAGCUUAGUUCAAAUGAUUUAAUUUUUUAUUCCCAAAGUCUACAUGCAUUUCAGGAUCAUGCAAGUAUAGUGUAAGCUUCAGUUAAAGGAGAAGGAAAGGCUGUAUUUACUUGGGGGUGCCAAAAGUUAGGCACCCUCAAAUGAUUGUAUAUACUUACCUCACAUCUCAGGUCGGUGCUCCCAUCAGAAAAAAAAUGCGCCGGCCCGGGGUUCUUCAGUGAGUACAACGGAGCGACUGGUUUCUUCUUUCUUCAUGCGGCUGCUCAUGAGCAGUAGAGUGUAAAGCCAAA